CUUGUCACUCGUCUCGACUCCAUCUAUAAUCGGAGCACAAAAAAAAAGCUUUAGGAAAUGGUGGUGUCGAAGUUGGGUAAUGAUAAGGUGGGAAUGUCCAUGAUCGAACAAUUGUUUCCGGAGGUUACAAGCUACGCGCUCAGAUACUUGGAUUACUCAAGUCUCUGCCAGUUAUCAAUGACGAGUUCCUCCAUGAGAAAGGCCGCUAAUAACGAUGACCUCUGGAGAUCCCUUUAUUACCAAGAAUUUACAGAGGAAACAAAUGGUGGAACCCCGGUUAAUGGUUACUAUGCAGUUACUAAACAAGUCAUGGAUGUGAAUUAUGAAUUCUUUAGCAUCCUCGAUUCGAGGUCACUUCCUAGAAUGACUAGUUUCUGGCUCAACUCUGACUAUGUCAAGUGCUUCAACGGCAUUGGUGAACUCUUCUCCGGGUUUGACGCAGUGAUGCAAAGAUGGGAGUUCUGUUUCGACAACUGGGAGAUAGGGUUUCCAUUGGAGGCUCUUGAAGUGCGGACACGGAUUCUGGACAGUGUGGCUUGGGGCACCAUGAUCGCCCUCCAUCACAUUAUUGGCGGUCCAUUCAACGUCACCAAUGUCUUUGAGCUUCAUAAUGGCCGGUGGCUCAUGGUGCACCAUCACUCCUCCAUCAUCCCAACAAACGGUGUGGAGAAUCCGUAAGAAGUUGUUUUCAUCCAUAGUGUAUGGUCUUGAAUCAAAUUUCCCCUAGAGGGAAAAAAAAAAGUAUCAACAAAGCU